UCGGUGGUCCCAGUGCGUCACCGUGAGGCUCUCAGGAGCGGAGGGGCUCUGCAGAAAAGCCUCUCAGUCACCAGUGAGGCGGGAGCAGCAGGAGCGGGGCGCGGAGCUGCUGCACGCAGCACAUCCUCUGAUGCGUUUUGCAAGCUUUUUCUGGCUGCAUAUGGCACGCGUACUGGAGAUUUAUUUACCGACUUCGCUUGGCACCACACGAUAUAUUCCACGAGGAGGGAAGAUAUGAAGCAUUUUAAUGCGUGAUUAGAGGGGGUGGGGUUUUUUCUCUUUUUUUUUGUAUAUAUAUAUUUUUUGAAAUUUUAUUCUACCUCAGUUUUGUUAGAUACUUAAAGUAUUUUUUUCUUUUUCUUCUUCUUCUUCUUCAAUGUUUAAGGUGAUUUCUUUCCAAAGCGCACAGAGCCACAACCUCUCUCUGUAAUGGAAAACCUCACGGUGGAUGACAUAACUCUAGAGAAUGACACGUCGGUGCCGGACAACCAGACUCUUGGCGUUUGGACCGACAACUCUCUCGAAUACAAGGCGGUCAGCGUGUUCCUGGUGUCCCUCAUCUGCGGCGCGGGGAUCGUGGGCAACGUCAUGGUCAUCCUGGUGGUCCUGACCACCAAGCACAUGCGAACUCCCACCAACUGCUACCUGGUGAGCCUGGCGGCCGCCGACCUCAUGGUCCUGACGGCCGCCGGGCUGCCCAACAUCAGCGACGCCCUGUGCGGGCAGUGGGUGUACGGCUACGCGGGCUGCCUGGGGAUCACCUACUUCCAGUACCUGGGGAUAAACGCGUCCUCCUGCUCCAUCACCGCCUUCACCGUGGAGCGCUACAUCGCCAUCUGCCACCCAAUCAAAGCCCAGUUCCUGUGCACCUUGUCCCGGGCGAAGAAGAUCAUCAUGCUGGUGUGGGCUCUCACCUCGGUCUACUGCGUCAUGUGGCUGUUUCUGUCCGACACCAAAACGUUGGUGUACGACAACGUGGCGCUGCUCACCUGCGCCUACAAGGUGUCCAGGAGCCACUACCUGCCCAUCUACUUCACGGAUUUCGCCGUGUUUUACGUGCUGCCCCUCAUGCUGGCCACGGUGCUGUACGGGCUGAUCGCCAGGAUCCUCUUCCUCAACCCGCUGCCGUCCGACCCGAAGGGCGGCAGCAAGAAGUGGAAGAGGGAGGCGAGCCAGGGCGGCAGGAUGGUCGGCAGCAGCUCCUCCAGCAGCACCACGGCUGCCUCGCGCAGACAGGUGACGAAGAUGCUUGCCGUGGUCGUCGUCCUGUUCGCCCUGCUCUGGAUGCCCUACCGGACCUUAGUGGUGGUCAACUCCUUCCUAGGCAAACCCUACCUGGACACCUGGUUCCUGCUCUUCUGCCGUCUCUGCAUCUACCUAAACAGCGCCAUCAAUCCGGUGAUCUACAACGCCAUGUCGCAAAAGUUCCGCACCGCCUUCAAGAAGCUGUGCCACUGCGGCCCCCAGCGCACGGAGAAGCCCGCGUCCUACAGCGUGGCUCUCACCUACAGCGUCAUCAAGGAGACGUCCAACGGGGAAAGCCCGGACCACUUCACGACGGAAAUGGACGAGCUGCACUCGCCGUGCGACCAGUGCAUGCCAGCCGGAAUCUUACCGAGUGCCAAAAAGGUGCAGUACGUGGUGGAUGCCUCGUUCUCUGGCAGAGAAGUGAAUGCCUGAGUAGAGACAACUUUUGUGCCCAGAGUAGAUAUCGGAUUCCAACUGAACGUAUUGUUGAGUUUAGUCAGGUUUAAGUUGAAGGCGCGCCGACAUGUCCAGCUUGAGUUCUCUCUCUUGUUCAUAUGUUGUUCGAUGAAACUAAAGUCCAUUUGCUGUCAUGUUUUGUGGGCUUUGAAUAUUUUGCACACAAUAAAUUAAGAGAACAAUUUUGCGUAAUCCAAAAUAGAGGGUAUAUGCAGUUAUGCUUAGUUAUUCAGAGAAAGCCUCAUAUGAGAUGACUAUGGGGAAAACCUGGAAGAUUACUGAUUAGAGGAGUUAAUGCACACAGCAACUCUGUUGUACAAUAAUCCAUCAAUCUAUUUUUUAGAGCCACUUCAUAUUUGGAGGGUGUUUGUGGAGUACGUUGCCUAUUAUUCGUGAUAAACAGGAAACAAAGGGAUGUUAAAAGAUACAGACAUAUACUCUUACCUACGGGGAAUUCAGACAGCCCAAUUACCCCAUCAUGCAUGUUUUUGGGAUGUGUGAGGAACUUGGGAGGUAAUCUACACAUGCACAGGGAGAACAAGCUAAUUCCACACUGAAAAGACCCCAGCUGCAAUUUGAACUGAGGAACUCCUUGCUUUGAGGCACUGGGCCACUGUGCAACACUCUUCUGUAAAACACAGUUAAAAUUUUCCUUUGAAAUAGAUAUUUAGAGAUUCCACUGGCAAAAUUUAGCAACGACAUGACCAGUUUGGUUAAAGCUGGUCACCUCUUUAGCCUAUCCUGCCAUUCAUCUUACACAUGGACGAAUGAAUUGAUGACUAUGGUCGCUAUAGAGUGGUCCACAGCGAACACCUGGGGGCCUUUUUAUGUGAUGUUUCAGCUUUAUAAACACUCAUACUUUUCAGUUGCACUGCUACAACAAAAAUCUUGUUUCCCCCACCCAAUGUGUGACAUUUCCUCAGCAUCAGAUAAAACCAUAGGACCAUUUGCAGAUGCUAAUACUGAACACAUACGUAGGGGAGGAUUUACCAACUACAGAAUCGUAAUUUUAUUGGUUCCAAAAGAUCCUUUGGUUUAAAUAAUCUCUUCCAAUUGGCCGACUACCACUACAGCUACACAAAUCUCCCAAAACAGUCCAUAAAAUAACAUGUCCUUUUUUUUUUCUUCUCAGUAUCCAAAUUAUCAUUAGGCAACAGUUUUUGCAUUUUGGAACCCAGAAAAGUUUGUCUUUAGUUUUUUGAUCCCCCUGUUGAAUUGCAUUCAGUAUUAAUCACCACAGUAUGGGAGUAGUUUGUUCAUACCGAUGGAGUAGUUUGUUCAUACCGAUGGAGUAGUUUGUUCAUACCAAUGGAGUAGUUUGUUCAUACCAAUGGAGUAGUUUGUUCAUACCAAUGGAGUAGUUUGUUCAUACCGAUGGAGUAGUUUGCACAGAUAAGUUAGGUGGUGUGUGGCUUAUUUAAUAAGAAGCAACGAUUUAAACCACUACAUUGUUGGGAAUCUCGUCUAAUCCUCUGAACUUUUUAAUACACCCCUGAAAGAGUGUUGCUCAAGGCACUUAUGCAUUCACUUCCCUUUUCUGGGUUUACAGUCCAAUGUUUGACCUUAGGCGAACAUCAUUUACACACUCUGCACGUUUGAUGCACCAAGCCGGGGGAAAGCACCACUGCCACCAAGUCUGCUUUGCAGAUUUUUUUAAAUAAAAAAAUAAAUAAAAUCAAUUUCCAAUACAUGCAUUAUUCACUGAGCUAAUGAGAAAGAAACUCCGGAGCUAAAAGGUGUUGUGACGGAUAAUGUUUUAUUUAAUACAGAAUCAGACGCAGAUGUUGCGUUUUAACUGCCUCACAUGAAAACGUAAUGCAGAACCUUUCGAGAACUUUUCAUCAAGAUUAAAAUUUUGAUGCCUUAAAACUAAUUAGCUUUGGUAGAAUUUUGAAAUAUAAUGAAUACUUCAGCUAGUUGAAGGUAAUUAAAAAAAUGUUCUCCUUGUAAAACACAGAGGAUUUAGUCUAUUGACAUUCCAGUUAAAUGUUUUGUCCAUUUAGCUGAGAUUGCUUUAUUUCAAUGAGUUAGAACUGCGUCAAACAGAAAAAAAAUAAAUAAAUACAACACCAUGGAAAAAGUUCACAAGCAUUCAUCAUUGGUACAAAAUUCUAAUCAAAUUUAAGGCUUUUUUAGGAUGUGUUUGACUUGUUCUUGUUGAAGAAUGAUCACAAUUUAAAAAAAUACAAUUGGCGGCACAAAUGUAUAUUUUUGUGGCUUCUUCAAAUCCACAACAGGACAAAAUUGUGCAUAAACAUAUAAACAUAAAAAUAAAUUCCUUAAACGUACUCAUUUACCCAGCCCGGGGUC